AUCUCCGAACUCAAUGAAUUAGGAGGAAAGGAUCCAAAGAGAAUCCCUUUCCCAAGGGAGAGAGUUGCAAGAAUGGUUGCUGCAAAUUGAAGGGCACAUCCUUAAUAAAUCCUUCCAGCGAGGGCACUUGGAUUACAAGCAGCCGUUAUUCCGUUUCUUUUUCCCUUCGCUUCCCACGCAUUCCAACAGUUGAUUCCUCCCUUCAAUCGGAGGAGUUAUUUUACGCACACAGAGAUUUCUGCAUUUCCAGAGAGAGAGAAAGAAACAAAAGAAAAUCCAAUCCUCCGGGAAAUGUUCUAGAGAGAGAGUAGCAGAGAAACUCAUAAGAAACGUUUCGAAGUCGUGGGGGAUUCGAAAGAUUCGAUCUUUCCGAAUCGAACACCCACGAAACGACUCAGAUUUAGCAUGCAAAUCCUCUGGGACUCGAUUCCGAAUCGAAAUCCCAUCUUUCUUUUCAUCCAUUGAAUCUCCGAUUGAAAAGCUUGAAAUUUUUCGGCUUUGUUGGAAGAACAAAUCGAUGAUUUCGAAUCCAAAUCUGAUUUUCUACGCCUGCAUUGCCCACAAGGUCACGAUUCUCGGCGAGUUUUCGAAAGAGCCGGGUCUCGGAGACUUAGCGCAGCAAUGCGUGGAGAUAGCCCCUCCUCACCAUUCCAUGUUCACUCACACCGUAAGAAAAAGAACUUACAUUUUCUCAAUUCAUGACCCUUUUGUGUAUUUCGCUAUCUACGAUGCUGAUCUCGAUCAAUCCGAGGCGCUUUCGUUCUUAAACCGGUUGAAAUCGGAUUUUGAGGAGGUUAGUGGAAGUGGGUCGAUCUUGGUUCGGGAUAAUUUUGCCCCCAGUUGCUUGCAAGUCCAGUUCGAUUCGAUUAUUCAGAAAAUAAUGGCCUCGGACUCGCCCAAUUCACCGGCAGCCAGUCGGAAUCUGAGCUUGAGUGCGAGUAAAGGGAAGAACAUGGUGCUGACACCACUGCUUGGGAACAAGCCGAACGGAGGUUUGAAGAAGAAGAAGAAGAGGUUAUCUGGAGAGGUUAAUGGCGAUCUUUGCAAAGAUGUGACUGCAAUGGAGAAGAAGGUGGAUGUGUGCGACGAUGCUAAUGGCUGCGGGUUUAGGGAUUUUUCGUUGCCAACGCAAAAGAGUGAUCCUUUGCAUUCGGGUGACCGCCAAAAGGCCAAGCAAGUUUGGAGGAGGCAUGUUUGGGUGGUUUUGAUGCUCGACUUGUUUGCUUGCGCCGUGUUGUUUGGGAUUUGGUUGUGGGUUUGCAGGGGAUUCAAGUGCCUUGCCAGUUGAAUUCCGGGGGAUUUUGGAAGGUUUCGAUGUUUCCGUGUUGUAUUGUGCUUGACUGCUUGUGCUUCGAAGAUGGUUGACAAUUCUGUGACAUUACAAGCAAGCACUCGGAGGGGUAAGUUGGCGAAAUCAAUGCGUUCGCAGGCUCUGCUUCGAUUGUGUACCGGUAACUGUCUCCUCAGCCCUCCCGGUGGCUUCUUGUACGUAUCUUAAGUUACAUUUUGUGUUAUACAAUUAGCGAUAAGCGUUUCCAAGUACUGCAUCAAAUUGUGUAUACUUACAGAUGAUUACUAUGCCGGCAUUGUGUUUAGUUUCCUUCCAUUGUUUUCAGUUGAUGUUGUAAUUUCUCAGAUGUCUUGAUAUUUGGUUUUACCAGUAGAAACUGUUUGUUAGCUUUAACGGAAUUUGUUUCUGUUUCUGGAUUU